CUGCGGAUUUGGCCGGACCCGGAGCAUGGAGGGCCGGAGGGGACCGCGGGCCCCCGUGGCCCCGGGACGGGCCUCCUCCUGCGGGCUGCUCCUCCCGCUGCUCCUGCUGAGCUGCUGCUGGGCCGAGGAAGAGGUGCUGAUGAACACCAAGUUGGAAACGUCCGACCUUCGAUGGACGAUCCAUCCUGCUGACGAUCCACAGUGGGAGGAAGUGAGCGGACUGGACGAUGAGUCGAACAGCGUACGGACCUAUGAGAUCUGCACGCUGAACAGUCCGACGUCCUAUUGGCUGAGGACACGCUGGAUCCCCCGGAGGGCGGCGACCACGCUCUAUGUUGAGAUCCGGUUCACCAUGAUGGAAUGUUCUGGUCUGAACCAGCGUCACUGUAAAGAAACCUUCAACCUUUAUCACUACCAGUCUGACACUGACGAGGCCACGCCCACUCACCCGGCCUGGAUGGAGAACCCAUACACCAAGGUCGCCACCGUCGCUGCCGACCACCUGCUGCGGCGCGGCGGCGAGCGGCGCUCCAACGUCAAACUGCUGCGCCUGGAGCCGCUGCGGGGGGCGGGGCUUUACCUGGCCUUCCACAGCCAGGGCGCCUGCAUGGCGCUGCUGUCAGUGCGCGUCUUCUACAGGAAGUGCCCGCCCCUCCGCCGCGCCUUCACCUCCUUCCCCGAAACCAUCCCCCACUCUCUGGUGGAGCAGGCUCAGGGUGUGUGUGUGGAGAACGCAGUGACGCCGCCCGGAGAGCAAUCACGACCUCCCAGCAUGCUGUGUGGCGAAGACGGGCAGUGGGUGGGGCAGCCGACGUCCAGCUGCGCCUGUCGCCCCGGAUACGAGGCGGGGGACACCGACGUUCGGUGUCGAGCCUGUCCAUCAGGACGGUUUAAGUCGGGGUCAGGACCUGGUGGGUGUAGCCCCUGUCCAGCUUACAGCAACACAGUGAUCCCAGGCUCCGCCUACUGCCUGUGUCGCUCUGGUUACCAUCGAGCGGACUCCGACCCACCACACGCCGCCUGCACCCGCCCCCCCUCAGCUCCCCGCUCCAUCGUGAGCCAGGUCAACGACACCACGGCGACUCUGGAGUGGAGCGAGCCGCUGGACCGAGGAGGACGGGCAGACCUGACCUACAGAGUCCUGUGCUCUGACUGCGGGACGACCGCCGCCACCAAGGGAUUGGUCGGUCCCUGUUCUCCAUGUGAUGACAGCGUCCUGUACCGUCCGGCGCAGCCUGGUCUGACUCAGCACCGAGUUGUCAUCUGGGGACUCCGCCCACACACCAGGUACACCUUCACUGUCCAAUCGCUGAACGGUGUCUCCGCUCUCAGCCAAUCAGAGCCGGCCUCCGACAGAGUCAACGUCACCACCAGCAGAGACGUUCCUCCUCCAGUGUCUGGUCUGAGGAGGGCGGCGGCCUCAGAGACCAGUCUGACUUUAGAGUGGAACGUUCCGGUUCUGCAGAACCAGUACCACAUACUGGACUACCAGCUCCGCUACAGCCCCAAGGACGGCGAGGAGGCGGGUCAGUGGCAGUACGUGUCCACCAGGUCUUCUUCGGUGGUGCUGACGGGGCUGCGGCGGGCGGGGCGGUAUCAGGUGCAGGUCCGCGCUCGCUCGCAGGCCGGAUACGGAUCAUUCAGCGGCGUGAGCGGCUUCAGCACACGGCCUGAUGGUGCAACUGACUCUUACAUGGUUGUGACGGGUGUUCUGGUCUCCAUGGGGACGCUGCUGCUCAUCGCCAUGGUGAUGGUCGCUGUGUACUGUUACCGCAGGAGGACGAGGGACUCGGAGGUGAACGACCACAGUGGACAGUAUCAGAUGGGACAGACGAUGAAGGUUUACAUCGACCCGUUUACCUACGAGGACCCCAACGAGGCCGUGAGGGAGUUCGCCAAAGAGAUCGACGCCUCCUUUGUUAAGAUAGAGGAAGUGAUCGGAGCAGGUGAGUUUGGCGAGGUGUGUCGUGGUCGGCUGAGGAUCCCGGGCAGGAAGGAGAACUACGUGGCGAUCAAGACGCUGAAGGGCGGCUACACCGAGAAGCAGAGGCGGGACUUCCUGUCAGAGGCGUCCAUCAUGGGUCAGUUCCAGCACCCCAACAUCAUCCACCUGGAAGGCGUCAUCACCACUUCCUGUCCGGUCAUGAUCCUGACGGAGUUCAUGGAGAACGGAGCGCUGGACAGCUUCCUGAGGAUGAACGACGGACAGUUCACCACCAUCCAGCUGGUGGGGAUGCUGCGUGGGAUCGCGGCGGGGAUGAAGUAUCUGUCAGACAUGAGCUUCGUUCACAGAGACCUGGCCGCUCGCAACAUCCUGGUCAACUCCAACCUGGUCUGUAAGGUGUCGGAUUUCGGUCUGAGCAGGUUCCUGACUGAAAACUCCUCGGACCCGACGUACACCAGCUCUCUGGGAGGGAAGAUUCCCAUUCGAUGGACGGCUCCUGAAGCCAUCGCCUACAGGAAGUUCACAUCAGCCAGCGAUGCGUGGAGUUACGGCAUCGUCAUGUGGGAAGUGAUGUCAUACGGAGAGCGACCAUACUGGGACAUGAGCAACCAGGACGUGAUCAACGCCAUCGAGCAGGACUACCGGCUGCCCCCGCCACCGGAGUGCCCUGCCUCCCUGCACGCCCUCAUGCUGGACUGCUGGCAGAAGGAGCGAGCCAACCGGCCGAGGUUCUGCGACGUGGUGGCGGCGCUCGAUAGACUGAUACGAAACCCCGCCUCCCUGAAGGUGACGCACCCGGAGGGACCGAGUCCGUCCCAGCCUCUGUUGGACCAGCGCGUCCCCCCUCCUCUCUCAGCCUGCGGCUCGGUGUCCGAGUGGCUUCGAGCCAUAAAGAUGGAGCGCUACGAGCAGAGCUUCCUUCAGGCCGGAUUCAGCAGCAUGGACGUCGUCUCCCAGCUGGACACGGAAGACCUGCUCAGAGUGGGCGUGACCCUCGCCGGCCACCAGAAGAAAAUCCUCUCCUCCAUCCAAACGCUCAGGAUACACAAAGCCCCUCCCACCCUGCUCUACUGACCAAUCACAGCCCUGCCCUGUCAGACUGCCCAAAGCACUCUUUAACUUUGGUCCAGCCUGACAUCCUGACCAAUCAGAAGGCCUGAGGCCCACAGAGACCCCGCCCUCUAAUGGCUGGACCAAUGAGAACCACGAACCAAUGAGCGAAGUUCUUUAAGCUUCAAACUGUUUGACUCAGGGUCAAAAAGACUCCGCCCACCAUGUUAUACUGACCAAUCAGAGUAAACACAGCUCCUGGCUGGUCAACGCUCAGGAAACACUCGACCUGAUUGGUCGUUUUAUGAUCCUGCCUCAGACCUUGGACAGUCACUGUCCAAUCAGCAUCCGGCACAUCAAUGACACAGAACGACACUCCCCUCUGACGCCGCCCUCAGCCCUGGGAUUGGUUCCCUGUCCUGUCCAUCACAGUAACAGCAGGACGGGAUCUGCUUUAAUGGUCAGAGCUGACGGGGGUCUGGACUCCUGACAGACAUGGAGACAUUUACCUUCAGGUUCUCUAAGAACUUUUGAAGAACUGUUAGAGAACGUCUGUAAGGUUCUGACUGUGAUCCCUCAGGUGCUGGAACUCCCUGGAGACGUUGAGGACGAGACAUUACACGUCUCCUGAAAGGACAGUGAGAUUUUUAAACUGUGGUCCAGGAUCUGCAGAUGGUCUCGAGUCUGGGUUCCACAUGAUCCAGAACUAUGUUCAAACCCUAAGUGGCACUGCAGACAGACCUGAGACUGGCUGAAACAGACCUGAGACAGACUGAGACAGACCUGAGACAGACCUGAGACUGGCUGAAACAGACCUGAGACAGACUGAGACAGACCUGAGACAGACCUGAGACUGGCUGAGACAGACCUGAGACAGACCUGAGACCGGCUGGUUUGGACGUGGUUUCCGAUGUGAUCGGUGACGUUUGGUUCAUUGUCACUUUUCUGAGCUUCAGCCAAAUCAGAACCACGUCAGAGACCGGAGACGCUCCGUCCUCAGGGACCUCUCUGUGUCGUAGAACUGUUGGUGGUUUGGUAUUUUAUCACUUUUUGUAUCUGAGCUUUGAUCACGAUCCAGUUUUUAUCCAGAGGAUCAGAGUUUUUAUAUUAAACCUACAUUUAAAGGAAAUCUGUGAUUUUUAUUUUAUAAAGAAAAACAGAAAAAUGUUUCAGACCAAAGAUCAGAAUCUGUACGAAGACGAGCCGAAGACAAUAAAGAUGAAUCGUCCAGC